AUGAUAGUGCUACCACUUGCCUUGUAUAUUCUAAUCAUAGUUCUUUAUAGCUUGCUUGGUGGGGAAUUCACUUCUAAACUGAUAUGCUAAAAUAUUAGAUCUGCAUUAUGUAUGUCUACAAAGCACCUUUAAAUCAAUGCUAAAGUGCAUAAUGUAUAAACUGCUAAUGUAGAUAAAGAAAUAGAAUAAAGACGUAGGAUUGAAAUUAUUAUAGAAAAGCACGAAUAAAAUAUCGAAAAAGAGAUUAAUGAUACUUCAUAAGUAAAAUCAGCCUAGAAAACUGAGGAAAAAUCACAAGAUAAAACAAAAGCAACAGCGACACAAGAAUAGAAAGACACAAAUGAUUCAACAAACUAAAAAGAACUCGAUUAAUAAUAAGAUCUUGCAUAAAAUCAUAACUAGAUAAUGAGUAAAACUAAUUAGCUUUAGCAAAAUCAGAGAAAUAAAAAUAUAAUUGAGAUUAAUAUUGAAAAACAUGAAGCUUUUAUACCAAAGUAACCAUCAAAUUCUGCCUAAAAUUUGAGAAAAAAUUUAGAAAUUAAUGAUUUACCUUCCAAUAAUUUGCGAUAAUAAAAUAAUUCAAAUCGAUCUGAAAGAAUGCUAGAAAUAAAGAAAAAUGUCGAUUAGGAAUGGGAUGAUAUGUCUAAUGGUAGUAAAAAUUAAUGCUUGAACUCCAAUUCCGACUCAGAAAAAUGA